GCUUCUCUGCAGAAUGUCCAGUAAGGAGCGCCACCUUGAGUCCAACUGUCCGUCCUCUUAUAUAAAGACUGAGCCGUCUAGUCCUGCCUCCCUGACUGACAGCCUAAACCAUCACUCCCCUGGUGGCUCCAGCGACGCCUCAGGCUCCUAUUCGUCCACGAUGAACGGCCACCCCAACGGCUUAGACUCCCCAAGCCUUUACGGCUCCAACGCAGGGCCCCUCGGUCCUGCUGGCGGCCCCGGAUCAAAGCGUUACGAGGACUGUUCGUCAACUAUUGGCGAAGACUCACAGAUAAAGUGCGAGUACAUGUUGAAUUCGAUGCCCAAGAGGCUGUGUCUGGUGUGCGGGGACAUUGCGUCAGGAUACCACUAUGGGGUGGCAUCCUGUGAGGCCUGCAAGGCCUUCUUCAAGCGCACCAUCCAAGGUCUACAUACAGGCAACAUAGAGUACAGCUGUCCAGCCACCAACGAGUGCGAGAUCACCAAGAGGAGACGCAAGUCGUGCCAGGCCUGCCGCUUCAUGAAGUGUCUGACUGUGGGCAUGCUGAGGGAGGGUGUUCGUCUUGACAGGGUGCGUGGUGGGAGACAGAAGUAUAAACGCCGGAUAGAUGCCGACAACAGUCCAUACCUGAACCCACAGCUGGCUCUGCCUCCCAAGAAGCCAUUUGCCUUUGGCUGCCUUGCAGAUAACAAAAUCGUCUCUCACCUGCUGGUGGCCGAGCCAGAGAAGAUUUACGCCAUGCCCGACCCAACAGUACCAGACAGCGACAUCAAGGCCUUGACCACGCUGUGUGACCUGGCGGACAGAGAGCUGGUGGUCAACAUCGGCUGGGCCAAACAUAUCCCCGGGUUCUCUACGCUGUCUUUGGCAGACCAGAUGAGUCUACUGCAGAGCGCAUGGAUGGAGAUCUUGAUCCUACGUGUUGUGUACCGCUCACUGUCCUUUGAAGACAAGUUGGUGUAUGCUGAGGACUACAUUAUGGAUGAGGACCAGUCGAAGCUAGCUGGACUUCUGGACCUGAACAAUGCCAUCCUUCAGCUGGUCAAGAAAUAUAAGACGAUGAAGCUAGAGAAGGAGGAAUUUGUCGCUCUCAAGGCCAUCGCUUUGGCUAACUCAGACUCAAUGCAUAUUGAAGAUGUGGAUGCAGUGCAGAAGCUCCAAGAUGUGCUCCAUGAGGCCCUGCAGGACUACGAGGCUUCCCAGCACCAGGAGGAUCCCCGCCGGGCUGGCAAGCUGCUCAUGACCCUCCCCCUCCUCCGCCAGACCUCCACCAAAGCUGUGCAACACUUCUACAGCAUCAAGCAGGAUGGCAAAGUCCCAAUGCACAAACUCUUCUUGGAGCUGCUGGAAGCCAAGGUCUGA